CGCCUAUUCUUCGACGCUGCCGAUCACUUGUCAUCAAGGUUUUACCGUAGCACUCCCACUACUAGUUCUCAAACCACUCAUAUUGAUGACAGUCGUGAUUGGUAUGAUGAUUCAUCCUCUUUUUUGGUUAUCAGUAGUAGCGUUAUUGUCCUCUCCUUUCCAAAUGACAUUUGAAAAGGGUUGCUCUGUUGAGGCAUUUGGUUUCAUCUUAGCUGUUGCUUCUGCAGCUUCUCCACAAGAAAAAGUCGUUGUUGAAUACCACCGCUCAUCGAAAUCAACCAAGAGAUUGGCACGACGGAGACGGAAAAUUCCUCUCGCAUUGAUCCAAUACAACGAUGGGGGAGGGGCCGAAAAAAAACCUUCCUACAAGAAGAACUCGGAAACCUCGUUGGCCCUAGGUAUCCAUAUGGAUGCACUUCCACAAAAAGUGCAGCCGCAAAAUCCCACCAACAACGUCGGAAAGGCCAUCAAGGACAAAGAUGCAUCCGUCAUCUUCAUAGUCCAAAGCGAGAAUUAUGACACAAUUGAUCAGGACAUUAAGCCACCACCACCACCACCAUCAUCAAUUGUAUCUACCACAUCAUUAGAAGAUUACAUAAUCAACAGCGACAAGAACGACAACGACAAGCAGGAUAAAACCAGGGAAUACCCCGUCAUCCAAAAAGUCAACGCGAGGAUCAGGAAAAACCAGCUCGCUGCAAUGGACGAGACAAACGCUCUUAUAAAAAUGCUCCGCACGGCGGAUGAUAGCACUAUGAGUAUGAGUAUGGGUUUCGGACCCAGUAAAAUCAGCAUGGCACCUAUGGUACGUUUUUGGGCUAUGGGUUGAGGGUGUAUUGCUUUCAACCGGAGUAGUAUUUCCCCUUGUGGUAAUGUUUCCGUUACAGGCUUGCUUAUUGCCUGCUUUGUCGUUCCGAUGUUAUUCAACUUAUCUUUUUCCUACUUUUUGUUCAGACUUCGCCUACCGAAAUGACCCAAACCAGUGGCUAUGUCCCAGUUUUAACCCCAACCAAAAAUGAUGGUCCUCCAAAACGACCAUCAGUAUCCACCAACGCGAACAGCAACAGCAUUGUAUUGCCAACCGAAUCUAUACCUCCCUUUCCUGACGAGACAACUAGUUCCUCCGUUGCCGAUGUUAUUGAAGACGGUGCUUCAACCGUGUUCUUGGCUUCAGCUCAUUUCUUCACAACCGUCAUAGUGCUGGGUUGUAUCUUUUCAUGUCUCGUUUCUUAAAUGUUUUCACCGAAGUGGGUAACAUCAAGUACCGCAAUAGCUGUAUAACCAGCACUAGGGGAUAAAUUCAUUAUAAUGGC